AUGAUGCCCAUGAUGCCCCAACUGUUCGGUCCGGCUGCUCCCCCGCCACCCCCGCCCAUCCAGUUCGAUCCGACGCCGUUGGUCCACGAGUCCGCCACGGCCAUCGCCAACUUCCCCCCGCCACCCGCCCAUGAGGUGAGGAAAGAAUGCACACAUACACUAUGAUUGUGUGUAAGCACCUGUGUGUAUGUGCGUAUGUGUGUGUGCAGCACCAGGGCGGCUAUGGAGGCUGGGCAGGGGCCAACGCCAGUAGGGCCGCCAACAUGUAUGCCGCUCAGCAGCAACACCAGCACUAUCAGCACCAGCACCAGCACCAUCCCCACCACCAACAGCCGGCGUAUGGCGGCUAUGGGCCGGGUUACAAUGCCUACGGUGCCAACUACGGCCAGAUGAACCAGUACGGCAAUGCCCAGCCCCACGCCAACCAGCAGCAACAGCAGCAGCAGAGAUUCCCCACCAUCCUCCCCAGCCCAGGUGCCAAUGGACAGCAGCACAGUUACCGCCGCAACGAAGACAAUCGGCAGAACGGGCGGGGCGGCGGAUGGCGCGGCCCGAGGGGCGGGCCAGGAGGCAACGGGGGCCGGCUGAGAGGACGCAACGGGCGAGGAGGCGCAGCAGGUGAGAGCCGCGGUCGGCACUAGGAGAUGGCCCACGGGAGGGCGUCCUGGACGUCUGUUUUGUGUUUUGGGACGUUGGGAGGGAUGGGAGGGGGGGAGAGGGUGGGUGAGUACAUUUGUAUGGAUGAGCUGACUGACUGACCGUUUCCUCGACUGUUUGCAUUUCGUCAGAGAUGUCUCCACCUGGCUGCCAUGGUGUCACGCUGGCGAGGUGGCCGGCCGGUGGACACAUCUCGACUUCUUGGCUUAUACGCCUGGCUGUCCGGCUGUUUGCUUGUGAUGCACAGGGAGUGUGUGUGAGUGUGUGUGUGUGCGCCUGAUAGACAGCAGUGAAUAUGACUCACCGAACACGCCAGCGAGAGAAUGACAGACAGUAUGCGUCAAAUGGGGGAGGAAGGGCAUUGGGCUCACUGUUUGUUCGGGGCCAUGUGUGACUGCGAGGGAGAGGGAGAGAGGAAGGAGAGAUCGGGGAGGGGAGUUAUGCGUCACUGACUAUAGCGUGCUUGCGUCGGUUUCAAAGGGGGAGGCUCGUGCGUGGCUGCGAAUGUGUGUGUGAGUGAGAGAGAGGGUGAUGUCGGUCGGACAAAAGACAAUCGAGCGGUUCUCAAAGGUUCAACAAGAUAAUCC